AUGGGUUGUAAACAAGUGAAAGUAAAUCCAACUGAACCAGUGAAUGAAAUUGAAUUACAGCAGACUCAGACGGACAUAACAAAAGGGAACGUUGCUGCGGAAAGUUCACUAAUUCGAUCGAAUAGACAAGCAAGACUCAGUUAUAUAAGUCCAUUUGCCACAUCUACCUUGACGACCUUUGAAAACACUAACGUAACUCAGCCACGAAACCAUUCAAAUCCAACCAUACCAAUACCACUGCUAUCCGAGAGGGACACUAUAACCACUGCUAUUGAAGAUAAUAGACACAAUGAACCACAUUCAAUAUUAGCUGCGACAGGAGAGCCAGCAGUCUUUCGUCAGAGUAAUAACCCGAGACGUGUGACUAUCAACGACGAUCUAUCAGUUUAUGAAAAUAGUAGUGUAACCAUCGAAUCUGAUGAUCUAGAGGAAUCCUGUACUGCCCAUCGUUCUUUUCCCUCAUCAGCAAGCCAAGCAGAAGUCUUGGAAUACAGUAAUGAUGCCAUUCAGAGAUUUAUGUCAGCUAGACCCAACCGACCAACUCAUCGGGAAUCAACACAUCAUGGUAUGUGGAGUGAACAAGAUGAUUUGUAUUCUGUACGUGAUAGUAUUGUUAGCAGUGUAUCUGCGGAUUCCGAAGGAUCCGUUACCAAUCCACCACGAGCUCCUAAAGCGAUAUUCGUUCGUCCAAAGAAAUCAUAUUUGAAGAAGAAAAAUCUUGUCAAGCAAUCGUUCAGUGAUCACGAAGGAUCGGAGUUACGGAAUGUCACUGAUGCGAUUUCGGCACCUGUAGGUAUGCAUGUGAUGACCGAACGACUCGUGUCUAAUCUUGGCUCCGCAAAGUUAAGCAAUCCAGGUUUUACGUCUCAUGGUGCAAUCAGUGAAACGACAAGUGAAUCUGAUGAAAACGAAUUUUAA